CGAGGUAUCGAUACAGCGAUGACGAUUGUUGUCUCGGACGUUGUUCCCUAUAAUAGUUCGCUGCCUGGAUAUACGCUCGAUCAUCAUCGUCGAAGAGCAGGCUGGUGUCGAUGCCGUCAAAGUCAAAGAACACCGGACCGCUCCAUUCCCCCGACCAGAUGUCCGCCAUUUUCACCCAGAAGUUAUAAUGCCCCGUCACGCGCUGCUGGUUCGACGCGUUGGUGCACACCACAUAGAACACGCCCUUGUGGUACCGGAUGUUUGGAGCAAGCAGCCCGGCCGUUGAAACGAGCUGGUCCCCGCUCAGGAGAGUCUGGAGUUUCGAUCCAGCACCAGCCAAGUCCAGCUGGUCCACUCGACUGACGCAGUGUCCUAGCAACGAUUUAUCCAAAGAGGCGGCAACAUUCGAGACUCCCUCAACUUCGCCAAUCACUCACCUAUCUUUGCCCA